AUGAAUACUCUUACUGUUGGAAGUUUAAUAAAUAUAAAAAGAAGAGAUGGCAGAAUUCAGGAGGCAAUAGUAUCAUGUAUUGAUCAAGAACUAAAUUGUGCCAAAGUAGAGUGGCUAGAAAAUGGAGAGUCCAAAGGCAAGGAUGUACAUUUUGCUAACAUUAUGACACUGAAUCCAAACAUACAAAUACUCAAAACAUCUACUGCAACAAGAGAAAAGUUUACUACAAGUAAAGUGGCUGAUGAUAGUUUCUCAAACAAAAGUAAAAGAAAAUUUUCAGCUUUUAGUAAAGAUUCUAGGGUUCAUUCUGCCAAACCAAGGUUAAUAUAUAAUAGUAUUAUAAACUCUAGACAAACCAGUGAAGUAUCAGUUGAUAGUAAACUAAUAAAUAGUAAAACAACUCGUUCUGCUAUAGAGUAUAGUGGUAAAGUUAAAGAAAGUGCUACUGUAAAAAAACUAAGUAAACUUGAAAAAGACCGCCUAGAAAGAAGAAAAAAGCAUGCUGAAGUUAAAGCAGAAAAGGAAGCAAUAGUGAAAAAGAAUCAACACAAUCCCCAUUGGGAACUAGGUAAUAUGAUUAUAGAGUACAGGAAUAAAAUUGAAUUCAAACCUUUAUCUUCCAAAGAUAACAAUAUUGAGGACCAUUUAAUAACUGUUGCUGUUAGGAAGAGACCUUUAAAUGGUAGUGAUUUAAUGAAGAAGGAAAUUGAUAUAGUAACAAUUCCAAAUAAAAACCAACUUAUAAUUCAUGAGCCAAAAUUUAAGGUAGAUCUCACUAGAUAUCUUGAAAACCAUGUAUUUACAUUUGAUUAUGCUUUCAACGAAAACUGUUCAAAUUUUAUGGUUUAUAAAUACACAGCUCAACCACUUGUUAAGACAGUAUUUGAAGGAGGUUUUGCUACAUGUUUUGCAUAUGGUCAAACUGGUUCUGGAAAGACAUAUACAAUGAGUGGUAAUUUAACCGAUGCCAAUCAAAAAGGUAUUUAUGCUCUAACUGCAGCUGACAUUUUUAGAGACAUAAAUUCAGCCAAGUACAGAAAUUUGGGUUUAAGUGUAUCUUGUAGUUUCUUUGAAAUAUAUGUCAAAAAAAUUUCAGACUUAUUAAAUAAUAAAAGAACUCUUAAAAUACUCGAAGAUGGUAAACAACAAGUUCAAGUAGUAGGAUUGACAGAACAUAGUGUUUCUUCUGUACAAGAAGUGUUACAAUUAAUUAAAAUAGGAAAUGAAGUGAGAGCCUCUGGACAAACAUCUGCAAAUGCCAAUUCUUCCCGAUCCCACGCAAUAUUUCAGAUUUAUUUAAGAAGAAACUCUAACCUGAAAAAAAUUCAUGGGAAAUUUUCUUUAAUAGAUCUUGCAGGGAAUGAACGUGGUGCAGACACAUUUUCUUCUUCAAAAUUGACUAGAUUGGAAGGUUCUGAAAUAAACCAAUCAUUACUUUCACUUAAAGAAUGUAUACGAGCAUUAGGCAGAAAAGGAGCACAUCUUCCUUUCAGAGCUUCUAAACUAACACAAGUACUAAGGGAUUCAUUUGUUGGUGUCAACUCAAAAACUUGCAUGAUUGCUAUGGUUUCUCCAGAUGUUAGUUCAUGUGAAAACACUUUAAAUACACUUAGAUAUGCUGAUAGAGUCAAGGAACUAGGAGGAGAUACAAUUACACCUAAGCCAACAGGGGCCACUGACUAUAACUCAAAUUCCACCAGCUUUAACAAUAUGGACAACUCACAUGUGCCUGUACAACAAAUUACCUCAAGCAUUGUUAAUCAGACAAAAAUGAAGAAUGAAAUAAAUAAUCUUCAAAAAGAGUUUGUUGAAAAGGUUCAAGAUAUUGUCAAGUCAUCAAAUAGCAAUUUGGACAAUUAUACUCAUGUUUUUAACAUUGUUAAUUCUUUAAAUGAAGAAGUACUUAAAGAAAUUGAAUCAUUGCUUCCGAAAAUUCAAAAUGAUUCCCAAAUUCAAGCAACCGUUAUCAUUUCUGGAAAACCGGGAGUCUUCAUUGCAGGAGCAGAUGUUAACAUGCUGGAAACGUGGACCGAUGCCGAUGAAGGUUGUGGUGGCACACAACGACUCCCUCGGUUACUGUCUCUACCAAAUGCCAUGGACCUCAUUUUAACAGGAAAAGGGUUAAGAGCAGAUAAAGCGAAAAAGAUGGGCGUAUUGGAUCUUCUAGUCGACCCUUUGGGCCCCGGAUUGGAUUCUCCCGAAGCGAACACCUCAAAAUAUCUCGAAACAGUGGCUAUUGGCGUUGCUAAGGAUUUGGCAUCCGGAAAAUUGGUACCUAAAAGAGAAAAAAGCCUAACAGAUAAAAUCUUAGCGUAUGCGUUGCAAUUCAAUUUUGUCAAAGAUCAAGUAUUUAGUAAAGCUAAAAAGCAAGUAAUGAAACAGACUCAGGGAUUAUAUCCAGCACCUUUAAAGGCACUGGAAGUUUUACGCACUAGUUUAGACAAAGGUGAAACCGUUGGAUUCAAAGAAGAAGCUCGGGCUUUUGGACAACUCGCAAUUACACCCGAAUGUAAAGGACUGAUAAGUUUGUUUAAGGGACAGACGCAAUGCAAAAAGAACCGUUUUGGUAAGCCAAAUAAAGAGGUUAAGACUGUCGGAGUUUUAGGGGCUGGUUUGAUGGGGGCCGGUAUUGCGCAAGUAACAAUUGAUAAAGGUAUUCAAGUUGCCCUAAAGGAUUCCAAUAGCGCAGGUCUAGCUCGAGGAGUUAAUCAAAUAUAUACCGGUAUAAAUGGUGCUGUAAAAAGGAAAAGAAUAAUAGGAUUGGAAAGAGAUAAAUUCAUGUCAAAUUUAAACCCCACUUUGAGUUACGACGCAUUUAAACAAGUUGAUGUUGUUAUCGAAGCAGUAUUUGAAGAUAUUAAUAUUAAACACAAAGUUCUUAAAGAAGUAGAAGCUGUCGUUAAGCCUGAUUGCAUAUUCGCCACUAAUACGAGCGCUUUACCUAUUUCGCAAAUUGCAGUUGCAUCCAAGAGGCCAGAAAAUAGUACACUCGAGUUCACACAAAAACUUGCAGCUCUACAUGUAUUAAAUAACUGUCCAAUGUGUAUGCAUUACUUCUCCCCAGUAGAUAAAAUGCAGCUGCUGGAAAUCAUCACGACCGAUAAAACAAGCAAAGAAGCUACUGCCAUCGCAGUCGACAUAGGUCUUAAGCAGGGAAAAGUAGUCAUCACUGUUGGUGAUGGUCCCGGUUUCUACACAACCAGAAUUUUAUCCGCCAUGAUGGCUGAAAGUAUAAGACUGUUACAAGAAGGCGUGGAUCCUAAAGAUCUAGACUCCCUUACCAAGAAGUUUGGCUUCCCUGUAGGUGCCGCUACCUUAGCAGAUGAAGUCGGUUUAGAUGUAGCUGCUCAUAUUGGGCCUAAUUUAGCACAGGCUUUUGGAGAAAGAUUUUCUGGAGGCGACUUGGGCGUAAUGAGAGAUAUUGUUCAAGCCGGCUUCUUGGGCAGAAAAUCCGGAAAAGGCGUUUAUAUAUACGAAAAAGGAAGUAAAAACCGCGAUGUUAACGCCGAAGCACUAGAAAUAGUAAAGAAAUAUUCCUUGGAGCCUCGAGGAUCGUUUGAAGAUGAAGACAAAACUUUGAGGAUGGUUACAAGAUUUGUAAAUGAAGCUGUCCUAUGCUUAGAAGAAAAAAUUCUCGCUAAUCCAUUAGAAGGAGAUAUCGGUGCAGUAUUCGGUCUGGGAUUCCCACCAUUCACCGGAGGUCCCUUCAGAUGGGUCGACCAAUACGGUGCAGCCAAACUAGUAUCUAAAAUGGAGAACUUCGAACGUUCCUACGGACUUCCUUUUAAACCUGCUCAAACUCUUAUUGAUAUGGCUAAGGACCCCAGCAAGAAGUUCCAUCCUAAAACAGCAACAUAAGUGUUAUAUUGUUCAACGUGCCUUUUUCUAUAAAACUUUUGUUCGGUAUUUAGAAUAUGUUUAUCAAGUUCAUUGUUUUAAUUAGGGAUUAUUUUUUAUAUGAUAGUCUCAAAAGUAAUUUUUAUAAAUAUAAUAAAUAAGUACUCUCUGUAAAUACAUAAUAUAUUUUCAUAAAGUUUUUUCUGUGUAUAAAUUAUUUUUCCAACCCUUAUA